AACGAUGAGGAGCUGCGGUCAGAUGUGUCGAGCCUCUGGACGGCGCCGCUGGUGAUGAGGAGGGGUGACAGCCGGGGCAAACGGUGCCGGUUGUUUGGCUCUUCCUCUCUGCCCGGCGGGAUAGGAAAAACCCCCCAGAAAAGGAUGGAGAGAUCCCAGGAGGAACAUUCUCCAGGGAAAAGCAAAAAGAGGAGAAGCCUGCCCGGAACGCCUUCCGAGGAGCCAACGAGUUUGAAAAUGGUCAAGUCGCAAUCCUCCACCGCGGAGAUCGGCAACAUUUUGGACAGUGACCAGCGAGACCUUAUCGGUGACUUCUCCAAGGGUUAUUUAUUCCACACCGUGGAUGGGAAACAUCAAGAUUUGAAAUACAUCGACUCGGAAAUGAUUGUGUCUGUGCUGACGGGGAAGUUUGCGAGCUCCAUCAAGGAGUGCGUGAUCAUUGACUGUCGGUACCCGUACGAGUACGAAGGAGGCCACAUCAAGGGUGCGAUCAACCUCCACAUGGAGGAGGACGUGGAGGAAUACUUGCUGAAGAAGCCGAUCCAGCCGUCGGACAACAAACGCGUGAUCAUCGUGUUCCACUGCGAGUUCUCUUCCGAGCGGGGUCCUCGAAUGUGCCGGUUUGUGCGAGAGCGGGACAGGCUGGGUAACGAAUACCCCAACCUCCACUACCCUGAGCUGUACGUCCUGAAGGGAGGUUACAAGGAUUUCUUCUCAAGAUGCCGUAGCUUCUGCGAGCCCCAGAGCUACCGCCCCAUGCACCACGAGGACUUCAAAGAGGACCUGAAGAGGUUCCGCACCAAAAGCCGGACCUGGGCCGGCGAGAAGAGCAAAAGGGAGCUCUACAGUCGCCUGAAGAAGCUCUAA